AUGAUCGUACAGAGUGACGUAUCGUUGGCGAGGAACAUCCAUCAGUUGGCACCGGACACGCCCGCGCCCGCGCCCCUGGAUGACGCGAGCGCUCUUCUAACUAACAGGCGAGUGUCGUUUGAAGGGGACGCGUCUCAUGGAGAGAGUGGAGGAUGUUUACUGAACACUCCACGGAUGAAUCUCACUCCAGAGAAGAGAUGUGAGAUAACGGACAAGGACUGA